GCUUUCUUGACUUGGCAGCGUAGAAGUCAGCGAAGUUUGAAAUCACACGCGUAUGUACUUCAACAAAAUGAAGGAGAGGCACCUCGGCUGCAAGUUGGAACCCAGCAAAGUGCUAAGGAAAACGCACAAGAGUUGGGAGCAGCUGAAACGCCACGACCCAGACGUGGAGAUUUCCGAAGAUCCUACGGAGCAUCUGUUUGUGAGCAACAGCAGCGUCCUUUGUGGUGUUUCCUUGGAGGAACUUGAAGAAAUCUUUUAUCCUUUUGAUGAAAAGGCUACCUUCACUGUUUUCCCAAAUAAAAGAUCGUACUCAUUUGUGAGCUUUUCAACAAAAGAUAAAGCUAAACUCGCUCGCGAUAGUCUUCAUGGCACUGUACCAGCACAGUUGAGAGUAUCUCAUCAACCAUUUCUCCUCACGUAUGUGCGGCAAUUGCCGACUGGUGCGGUUCUCGAGGAUCAGCUGGUGCCGAAAGAUCUUGUCCUAGUAGAGGACUACAUAACAGAAGAAGAAGAGAAAGAUCUUUUAGAUCUAAUUUUUAAGCAUGAAGAUGCGAAGCCGCUCAAACAUCGAGCUGUCAUACAUUACGGUUACGAAUUCGACUACAGUAGAAACGCUGCAGUCAAACCAACCAAGCCUAUUCCUCCAUUGAUCAAUCAGCUGAUCGAUAAAUUAGUCACCGAUUCGCAUGUUACCUAUACACCUGAUCAAAUGGUACAGGUGACCAUCAACGUUUACGAACCUGGGCAAGGUAUACCAUCGCAUUAUGAUACUCACUCUGCAUUUGAAGAUCCUAUCGUAUGCGUAAGUUUAUGUUCCGAUAUCGUCAUGGAAUUCAAAGAUGGAGCGAAUUCGGCACGGAUAGCUUCUGUGCUUCUGAAAAGGCGAUCAUUGUGUUUACUUCAAGGUGAAGCAAGAUACCGCUGGAAACAUGGAAUUGUGAAUCGAAAGCAUGAUAUUCAUCCGGUAACACACCGCGUGGUGCCUCGUCAGCUUCGAGUCUCAGUCACGUUGAGGAAAAUCCGAAAAGAGCCUUGUCAGUGUCCAUUUAAAGAAUUCUGUGAUUGGGAUAGAGAGGGAGAGAUGUCAGUUCCCUCUGACAACAACUCAGCUUUGCGUAUUGAGGGUCAAUAUGUUAACGACGUGUAUGAAAAUAUCGCUGCUCAUUUCGAUGAGACUAGGAUAUCAGGAUGGACUGCUGUUAAAAAGUUUAUGAAUUCUCUAGCUCCCUACUCUGUCGUAUAUGAUGUCGGCUGUGGCAACGGAAAAUAUCUACUUAUCAACGAUGACCUGCUUAAGAUCGGUUGUGACAUGAGUCAAAUGCUAUGCAAUAUCGUCCAUGAAAAAGGGCGUAUGGUCGUACGCGCAGAUGCACUGUCUCUUCCAUUCCGAGAAGUUGCAGAUGCUGUGCUAUCUAUAGCUGUUUUACAUCAUAUGGCCACGCUGGAGCGACGACAGAAAAUGAUCAGUGAAAUCCUUAGGGUUCUCAAGCCAGGCGGGCGCGCCUGCAUCACCGUUUGGUCGAUGGAUCAAAGCAAUUCUCAGUAUGCGAAGAUGAGGGAUAACAAAGAUUCUGCCGCUGGGGACGUUAAAGCACCAACCAAUUCAGAUCGUCUAAAGGUUCACGAUGGGAAAGAGUUUGUACAACAAGAUCUUUUGGUACCUUGGAGAAUUGAAGAAGCCGAUAAGACGUUCAUGAGGUACUACCAUGUAUUUGCGGAAGGUGAGAUGGAAGAGCUCCUGCGAUCUGUUGGCGGCUGUGCAAUAGAAAGCAUCAAAAAAGAGCAAGGAAACUAUAUAGCUGUGAUAACAAAAAAUUAAGGGUUGGUAUGUGGGUUUUAAAUAAUCGUUACUGUUGUCGCCUUGUGAUUUUGUUACUUAUGACAUGCCAAAUGUCUCAAACAUAAAAUUAUAUA